CGGACGAGACCGCGCCGCACGCCACCGUCUCGCGCCGCGCGUCCGUCGCGCGCAUCGCGCGCACGUCCUCGGCGACGCGACGCGCGCACGCGGUUCGCGCGCCGCAUCUCGGCUCCUCCCCGCAUCUCGGCAUCUCGUCGCGCGCUCUCUCCACGCAACAGCGCAGGAGGGGCGGGAAAAGAAGCGCGACGAACGAGGCGCGCGAGCGGUCGGCUCAUCGGAAGGAGACGCGCGCGCUUUCGUCGCGGCGGGGGGCGCGGCUCGAGGAGGCGGGCGGGCGGCGUCCGCGUCGCAGGAGGAGGAGAAGAACGCUAUAGGAGGGACGACCGCGAGAGAGAUCAUCGCGCGCCAUGCCUCGCGAGGUCAUCACGCUCCAAGUGGGGCAGUGCGGCAACCAGAUCGGCACGGAGUUUUGGAAGCAGCUCUGCGCGGAGCACGGGAUCGGCAAGGACGGCAUCCUCGAGGAGUACGCCGCGAACAACCAGGCGGGCGAUCGCAAGGAUGUCUUCUUCUACCAAGCCGACGACGAGCACUACGUCCCGAGGGCGCUCCUGCUCGACCUCGAGCCGAGGGUCAUCAACGCGAUUCAAAACAGCGACCACAGAAACUUGUACAACGCGGAGAACGUCUUCAUCUCCUCGCACGGCGGCGGCGCCGGGAAUAACUGGGCGUCCGGUUACUCCCAGGCCGAGGCGGUGCAGGAGGAGAUCAUGGACAUGAUCGACCGCGAGGCGGACGGGUCGGACUCCCUGGAGGGGUUCGUGUUGUGCCACUCCAUCGCGGGCGGCACCGGCUCGGGGAUGGGAUCGUACCUCCUGGAAGCGCUCAACGAUCGCUACGGGAAGAAGCUCGUGCAGACGUACUCCGUGUUCCCGAACCAGCACGAGACCUCGGACGUCGUCGUGCAACCGUACAACUCGCUGCUGACGCUGAAGCGCCUCACGCUGAACGCGGAUUGCGUCGUGGUGUUGGAUAACACCGCGCUGAACCGUAUCGCGGUGGAUCGACUGCACAUUCAAAACCCGACGUUCGCGCAGACCAACUCGCUCGUCUCCACGGUCAUGGCGGCGUCCACGACGACGCUGCGGUACCCGGGGUACAUGAACAACGACCUCGUCGGCUUGGUCGCGAGCUUGAUCCCGACGCCGCGGUGCCACUUUUUGAUGACGGGGUACACGCCGUUGACGCUGACGGAGACGAACGCGCAGCCGGCGGUGCGAAAGACGACCGUGCUCGACGUCAUGCGACGGCUGCUGCAGACGAAGAACAUCAUGGUGUCGUCGCACUCUCGAGGGAAGGACUUCUCGCAGUCCAAGUACAUCUCCAUCUUGAACAUCAUCCAAGGGGACGUGGACCCGACGCAAGUGCACAAGUCUCUGCAGAGGAUCCGAGAGCGCAAGCUCGCCAACUUCAUCGAGUGGGGGCCCGCGUCGAUCCAGGUCGCGCUGUCUCGGAAAUCGCCGUACGUCCAGACCGCGCACCGCGUCAGCGGGCUGAUGCUCGCGAACCACACGUCGAUCAGGCACCUCUUCACGAAGUGUCUGACGCAGUACGAUAAGCUGAUGCGUCGCAAGGCGUUUCUGGACCAAUACGAGCAACACGCGAUCUUCGCGGACGGGUUAGAGGAGUUCGACGACGCGCGCGAGGUCGUGGAGGGGCUCGCGGAGGAGUACGCCGCGUGCGAGAGCCCGGAUUACAUCAAGUGGGCGUCGGGGAAGGAGAACGAGCGGAUGCCGGGCGAGGCAGGGUUGUACCCGGGGGGAGGACGAGGCGCGUUUUAAGCAUCGAGUUUCGAUCGACGCGCCUCGAUGACCGACCGAUCACACGUCGAGCGCGGCGCUAGAGACGAAGAAUGUAAUGCAGCACGUAACGCGAGAACGAACGUCGCGACGUGCGCGCGGGCGGCGAACGAUCGUUCGAAUGAAGUUGAAGUUUCUUCGCUCG